UCUACCCCGAACUGUCCUGGCGCGUGUGGGGCUCUCCAACGAAAGCAAGGGAACCAACGGCUGGGCUGCUGGGGUGAAGAUCGGGGAGGCAGAAGGGCCAUGGAACGGAAUGACAUCAUUGACUUCAAGGCGUUGGAGAAAGAUCUGCAGGCUGCACUCACUGCUGAUGAGAAGUACAAACGGGAGAAUGCUGCCAAGUUACGGGCAGUGGAACAGAGGGUGGCUUCCUAUGAGGAGUUCAGAGGUAUUGUCCUUGCAUCACAUCUGAAGCCACUGGAGCGGAAGGACAAGAUAGGAGGAAAGAGGACUGUGCCCUGGAACUGUCACACUACUCAGGGAAGGACUUCCCAGGACGAGACCACUGAAAUCUCCCGGGAGAAAAUACUCUUCCCGCCCGAGACCUCAGCAGAGUUCUACCGUGAUUGGCGGCGAUACUUGCGGAGCGGGCCAGAGCGCUACCAGGCCCUGCUGCAGCUCGGGGGGCCAAAGCUGGGCUGCCUCUUCCAGACGGAUGUGGGGUUUGGACUUCUAGGGGAGCUGCUGGUGGCACUGGCCGAUCACGUGAGGCCGGCUGACCGGUUGGCAGUGCUGGGGAUCCUGCGCAGCCUGGCCAGCACUGGCCGCUUCACCCUGAACCUGAGCCUGCUGAGCUGUGCGGAGAGAGAGAGCUGCAGAGGCUUGUUUCAGAAGCUGCAGGCCAUGGGUGCCCCCAGACCCGUGAAAGAGGGGCUCAGCUGGGAGGAGUGGAGUCUGGAGGAGCAGCCUGCUGGGCUCCAGGAGGAGGAGAGGCUCCUGCAAGAGCUGCUAGGACUGUACCAGAUGGAUUGAUAAGACCAGUUACCUUCCGAGGCCCCCAGUGGUCAUUGGGGGCCCUUUUUGGUUAUUGCCUUGGGGGCUCUGCAGGACUGUAAUGAGAAACCCACGCCUAAUUCCCUUCUCAGCUUGGAAUUUUUAGAGCAAAAGUAGGAGUCAAAUUUUCCCCUCUUCUCCAGCCCCUUGGUGGCUCAAUAUUCUGAACUGUGUAGAUCCACAGGAUGGUCAAGGGCCCAAGAAGUUGAAAGAGUUUUGCUUCCCACUCUUAGAGUCUGCUAGGCCUCUAGCCCACAGCCCUGAGAGAUGGGUGUGUGCCCAACCAAAUGCUGGCUACACCAGUUACAGCUUCCACUCAAAAAAACAGGAAAAAGGAAAAUCAUUAAUCUUCCAUGGUAAACAAAUACUGAUCUCCAUAGCCCUUAACAAGAAUAUUUAUAACCUAAAACCAAUGAAUGGACAUUUAAUCGACAAAUGAUCAAAUGCUACCCCAUUUGAGGUGCAGUAUUUUUCCCCAGGGGCUGAGUUCCUCUGCAGGCUGGGCCUGGGAAAGCCCCAACCCAUCAGCUCAGGGCUGGCCAGCCUCCCAGGCUUCUUCCAAUGGCCAGAUGUGCAGGUGGGCGGGUUUCCUUCAACUCCCAGAUUAACCAAAGGGAAGACCUUUCCUCCGGGCAGGCAGGGCAGGGCCUGGAGCAGGGAGGCGAAGAUUUCCUGUCCUGGCACCUGGGCCCUUGCUUCUCAUUCCAGUUUCCCCUGACCCAUUCUUAGGUGAGUGCCAGUGUUCUAGAAAGGGAGAGAGGGUUAGGUUCUAGAAUGGUUUUUCCUCAAGAUCAUGCCUGGAACAUCAGAAGGGUAUCUUGUACAUUAGCUGUGAAUAAAUUGCCUUUCCUUUG